AUGUCGUUCCACUCUCGAGUCCUGCUGCUUUUCAGCAUCCUUGAGCUUUUGACCUGUUUCGCAAGCGCAACACUCUUCUCGCCGUUGCUGUCCGUGCUCGACUGGUCGCAACAGGUUCCCUCCAACCAAACAUUCCACGACCUGCCAAAACGGGCCAUUGAUCCAACGUCGUGCCCAACUGGCUACAAGAACUGUGCAAACCUCGGUGCUCCAGGUCUCUGCUGCGCAAAUUCAGCCGUUUGUGCUCCUGAUCAGGCUGGUCAUGUUGCCUGCUGCCCAAGCGGUGCCGCUUGCACUGGUGCCAUCUCGUCCAUCAUCACCAGCGGUGUCAUUGCUUCGGGCGGCUCUCUACGCUCGACUGCCACUGCUUCCCCACCCUUGACCGUAUCUGCUUCAUCAGCUACAUCUAUCGCUACAUCGGGAGGUGGGCUCAUUAUCGCAAGCGGCCACGGCACCACAUCUUCUGCAAUUACCACUACCGCUUCUUCUGCUGCUACUGCUACUACUACUACUGGUGAUGGCUUCAUCCUUGUCGGAAGUAGCACUGCCGCUACUAUAGGUAGCAGCGCUGUGAGAAAUGCUCAGCUGCCCUAUAUCGCACACCUCAUAAUCGGACUCCUCGAGCUUUUGGCAUUCUAA